AUGUCUGUGGCCUGCGACAUUUCUGCAGUCAAAGCAGGCGCACUUUCGAAGCCAGAGGGCGAGGUUCGGCUGGCUGCGGUCUGCCAGCCUGCUGAGAACAUGCCCCAGGCUUUCCCCUCCGGGAUGUUUGCUUAUACCAUCCCUUGCCUCUGCUGGUGGAACUCGCAUGCCUUUUUUAAGGCCUGCAAACCACUCAGGGAGUUUGCGCCUUUCUUCCAUGACAGCCUUCUAAUCUGGCACGGGACUGAGGUCAUGCGCAUUUCACUUCGAAGGCAAUGUGGCAGCUCAGCUUCGCAGCUAGCCUUCUCAGCAUCUGAGGCCGUGGCCAAUGCCAAGGCCUUAUAUGUACAGAGAAGGUACAAGAUACAGAAGUCAAUGUUUCUGGAUGUGAGAGAGGCAUUUGGCUCUGCCCUGACUAGCCUCACCCUAAGGACUUCAAGCUCUCCUUUCUGUCUCAUAGCUUUAGAAGUCCAGAGUGUCAACUGGCAGAUGAGCACCAACCGGUGGGCGCAUCACACAGACAAGUUCUCCAGCCAGAAGUCCAUCCUUCGGAGAGGCCAGUCCUUCCAGUUCUCAAUAAACUUCAACAGAAGUCUUGACACUAGAGAGUUCUUGAAGUUUGCGGUAUCCACAGGUCCUUAUCCCUCAGAGUCAGCCAUGACCAAGGCUGUGUUUCCACUCUCCAAUGGCAGUAGUGGCGGCUGGAGUGCGGUACUCGAGGCCAGCAAUGGCAAUAUUCAGACCAUCUCCAUCUCCAGUCCUGCUAGCGCACCCAUAGGACGGUACACAAUGGAUGCUCAGAUCUCCUCCCAAGGCCGUGUCUCCUCUGUGAAACUUGGAGAGUUCAUCCUGCUCUUUAAUCCCUGGCUGCGAGAGGAUAGCGUCUUUAUGAGUAACCAUGCUGAGAGAGAAGAGUAUGUUCAGGAAGAUGCCGGCAUCAUCUAUGUGGGAAGCACAAAUCGAAUUAGCAUGAUUGGCUGGAACUUUGGACAGUUUGAAGAAGAUAUUCUGAACAUUUGCCUCUCAAUCCUGGAUAAAAGUCUGAAUUUCCGCCGUGAUCCCUCUACAGAUGUGGCCCGCAGAAACGACCCCAAAUAUGUUGGCCGGGUACUAAGUGCCAUGAUCAAUAGCAAUGAUGACAACGGUGUGCUAGCUGGGAAUUGGAGCGGUAAUUACAGUGGAGGCCGGGACCCGAGGAACUGGAACGGCAGUGUGGAGAUCCUGAAGGAUUGGAAGAAGUCUGGCUUCAGGCCAGUCCGAUACGGCCAGUGCUGGGUCUUUGCUGGGACCCUCAACACAGCACUGCGAUCUGUGGGGAUCCCUUCCCGGGUGAUCACCAACUUCAGUUCAGCCCACGACACAGACCGAAACCUCAGCGUGGAUGUGUACUAUGACUUCAUGGGAAACCCUCUGGACAAGGGCAGUGACAGCGUGUGGAAUUUCCACGUCUGGAAUGAAGGCUGGUUUGUACGGACAGACCUGGGCCACUCGUUUGGUGGAUGGCAGGUGUUGGACGGCACCCCUCAGGAGAGGAGCCAAGGGGUGUUCCAGUGCGGCCCUGCUUCAGUCAAUGGUAUCCGAGAGGGGGACGUGAACCUGGAUUACGACAUGCCCUUCAUCUUCGCGGAGGUGAACGCCGACCGCAUAACCUGGCUGUACGAUAGCAACACAGGCAAGCAGAGGCAGAAUUCCGUGGACACCCGCUCCAUUGGCAGGUACAUCAGCACCAAGGCGGUGGGCAGCAACUCCCGCGUGGACGUCACCGAGAAGUACAAGUACCCAGAAGGUUCCAGCCAGGAAAGAGAAGUGUUCCAAAAGGCUUUGGGGAAACUGAAACCCAAUGCAUCAUUUGGACCAACAUCUUCAGGGCGUUUGGAAUUAGAGGAACGGGAGCCCAGCAUCUCUGGGAAAUUCAAGGUCAUGGGCUUGCUGGCAGUGGGCAAAGAAGUCAGCCUGGUCCUGCAGCUCAAAAACCUGACCAGUGAUCCGAAGAUAGUGACAGUGAACAUGACCGCCUGGACCAUCGUCUACAAUGGCACGCUUGUACACGAGGUGUGGGAGGACUCCGUCACAAUGUCCCUGGAUCCCGAGGAAGAAGCAGAGUAUCCCGUGAAGAUCUCAUAUGCUCAGUAUGAGAAGUACCUGAAGGCGGACAACAUGAUCCGGAUCACAGCUGUGUGCAAGGUCCCUGAAGAAGCAGAGGUGGUGGUGGAGCGGGACGUCAUUCUGGACAACCCCACCCUGACUCUGGAGGUGCUGGACCAGGCUCGUGUGCGGAAGCCUGUGAACGUGCAGAUGCUCUUCUCAAACCCCCUGGAUGAGCCGGUCAAGGACUGCGUGCUGAUGGUGGAGGGCAGUGGCUUGCUGCUGGGCAACCUGAAGAUCAACGUGCCAACCCUGCGCCCCAAGGAGCGGUCCCGCAUCCGCUUUGAGAUCAUGCCCACCCGGAGUGGCACCAAGCAGCUGCUUGCCGACUUCUCCUGCGACAGGUUCCCUGCGAUCAAGGCCAUGCUGUCCAUCGAUGUGGCCGAGUGAAAGGCCCUGGCAGCCCCGAUACAAACUUGGGUAACACGGAGCAGGAAGGGCUUACCUGUGGAGUGAGACCACUGCCCAUGCUGUCCAGCCUGGGCUACCCACUCCACCCCCAAGGCUACCGGACAUGGACCUCCAGUCUCCAGCACAUGCCCCCUUCCCCCUCCCUCUAGGUUGG